AGUUAACCUCUUCUCAUAACUAAGACAUCGAUUUCAAGGCACAUAUAGUUCGUAAAUUCUACCCAGCAUAGUCUUUAUUUUGAACACUAGCUCGUGAAAACGAUAUUGGAUUUUGAACAAUUUAGGAGGUCGAGUCAAGAUGAGCGUUAUGUUGCCGGCUAUUCGUUCCAGACAUAUACUACUCAGGGUAUGCCAGGUCGUUGCAAGCCAGCGAUGCUUAUUAAGCAAACCAGGAGAUGCGCCGGUAGAUCCUAUCCAACAGUCAUUUAUUGCUAGACUGCGGGAGUAUCGUCAAAAGAGCGAGAAAUCUGAGUGCCAAUUGGCAGAUGCCACAUCUAAAGAAAUAAAAGAGCUCAGUGAAAUGUUGGCUAAAGUUGAUAGGAUAUACGGAGCUGAGGGACAGGAUAUGACUCAGUUCCCAACGUUCCAAUUCGAAGAUCCAAAGGUUGUAAUACCGGCUUCUUCUCUACAAGUUGACUAUCCUAAAGAUCCAGAAAAUACUGUCUAGGUCUAAGAAACAUUUUAGUAUCUUACUAAUUACUACCGCUAUGUUUAGUUGGUAAUCUACACAAAAUUAUUGAAGUGAGUACAUGUGUUUUCUGUUACUGCUUAAAGACUUGUGUGCUGCGGAGAUGAGAGACUUAAAGACAUGUUCUUUUAUAGCUGUAGAUUUUGUAGCAUAAUUUCUGCGGACAUUUUGAGGUCUUUUGAUUGUGCACUGCACGACUUAUCAAAAUUAAGUGUAAAUUGAUUAGCACUAUGACUAGUCAUUAUAUUGACUCAUAUGUAGUGUUAAAAAACAAAU